GCGGACAUAAGCUCCUCCCAAUCACGUGACAGUUGUGGCGGGCUCUGUGGACUUCUACAAGAUGUCGGGUUUGUCGGUGUAUUUCUGCGGCAGUAUCCGGGGUGGCAGAGAGGACCGUGCGUUGUACGAGCGGAUCAUCCGGUUACUGAAGCGGUACGGGACAGUGCUGACCGAGCACAUCGCGAGCCCGGAGAUCUCUGAGGCCGGUGAAGACGCCCGGGAGGAUGGAGAUAAAUUCAUUCACGAUAGAGACGUGGCAUGGCUGCAGCAGGCGGACGUGGUGGUGGCCGAGGUGACGCAGCCCUCCCUCGGGGUUGGAUAUGAGUUGGGCAGAGCGGUGACCAUAAACAAAAAGAUCUUGUGUCUAUUCCGAGCCUCCAGUGGACGAGUGCUCUCGGCCAUGAUUCGGGGGGCUGAUGAUGGACGCUCAGUUCUGGUCAGAGAUUACGAGCCUCAGGAUGUGGAGGGAAUUCUGCAGGAAUACUUCACUGUUACCUACCCCUCACUGUGACAAAUAUUUAUCUCUAUAAUAAACGGAUUGAC